GGGGGGGCGUACUCUUAUGCUUUGCAUGCCUUAGCGGUUAGACCAUUGACCACGCGUCCUCGAGAGGACGGAGCAUUGUUCCCACAGGACCGAUCACCGAUGGCCAAUCGUUCCUUCCUACUUUGCCAAAGGUAUCAGAUCAUGUUGCUUUCGAGCCCCUGCCUGGUUCCGCUGCUAGUUACCUUGCUUGUUCCCGGUGCCUACGUCUUCGACGAGGCUGUCAACUUGUGCAACACCACGAGCACUUCGAGGACCGUGGUUUUGGCGAUGAACGCCUUCGGCUGCUGCAUCAUCUGCUUUCUUUGGUUCGUGUGCGUCCGUCAGCUGAGGUGGGUCCGCAAGCAGUUCAAUGAGUACAAGGAGAUGACGCGCACCCUGCUGUGCGUGACUCUGAUCUCGGUCAGCUACGCGCUUGUGGUGGUCGUUGCCCUGGACAACAGCCACCAGGUUCUCGCCAGGAGACUGGCCAUCGUGUGGAGAGGGAAGUCAUCGGGAGAGAUCGCCGGUGGAGACCUUCAUCUGGUGUCCCUGUACCUCGGACAGGAGCGAUUGGCGGAGCGACCUUUGGUGAAGAAGUGGGAGGGAGACGAGGAAUACCUGUGGUCGUUCACCAAGGGCUUCUCGGAGCUACCUUCUCCGGCGCAGCUCAAGGCUAGCUUGGCGGAGCAGCUUUCUGUGGAGCAGCUGCGGAUCGAGUUUCGGGGGUAUAUGCAGACCAAGGUGGCCCGGGAGCUGGUGGACUUUUACCUCGAAUCGCUAGACAGGGAGGAGAUCCACGGGUUCUUCGGCAGACAGGCGGUAACGAUGCGCAUUGUGGCGAGAUAUAUCAGAGAGGGGGCCCCCGAACAGGUGAACAUAUCGGGGGCGUGCCGGGAGGAUAUUUUGUCGACAGACGUGACAGCCUACGACAUCUUCGACCGCGCUAGAGCAGAGGUUCUGGCCUUAAUGGAGGGUGACUUCAAGGCGGGUUUCGUGGAGACGGAGGGUUUCCGGCGAAUCGCCGUCGCGUCCUACCUGGAGGACCGAGAGAAUCGUCUGCUGCAGGCCGGGGGCUUAUUGCCGGCGGAUACCCUGCCAGCGCCCUGA